CAUUCAGGAGGGAACCAAUCAUCAGUCAUCUGAAUGAUGGCACGCCUCAAAAUGAACGAGUCAGAGCCAUGGAUACAAUGCAAGACCCAGCCAAUCAGAGUCCUGGAAAGAUUAGAAGUGAGCGUGGUGAAAGGCCAAAAAUUGUUGGGAAGAAACUUUCAACUCUGUCUGUGAGAGACUCAGAUAUGGACUUUAAUGAGUUGACCCCUGACCUUAAGGAUACCACUUCAGGUCAAAGUUCAACUUCACGGUUCGGAAUGACUAAUGAAACAGCUCAAAAUGACAAUGCUUUGAAACUCAGGGACAAUAAUUCCUUAGAUACCCAAAACCCUGAGGUGAGACCAAGGUCAAGGAUGUGCUGUGGGGGUCAUCCUUCAAAAGGUGAUGAUGCAAAAACUUUCCAAAAUAUCUACCCUCAUAGUGUGGAACCUUCCGCUGAUGACUGUAAUGAGUUGAGCACAACAAGAUCAUCUCCUGGUGAUUUAGCGGACUCUUCCACUGCGCCAAAGGGUAAUUUUCAGCCAAAUCAUCAAAGUCAGGGAUUGUUCAAUUUACUUCUGCAGGACACCACUGAAGACGAACUGGUUCUUGAAGGAGAUUUAGCAGCCGAGAGAGUUGCCAUGGCAACCAGCAAUACAUCAGGUGAAGAUUUGACCCCAAGUCCUCCUCCUGCCAAUCAACCAGCCCCGAAGAAGAGGCGCAAGGCAUCCCGUAAGGUGUGCGCUGACCCUUUCGCUAAGCUCCCCAAGGUCAAACUCAGGCCCACCGUCUGGAUGGAGGAGGAUGACGACGAGUGGUCGUAUGAUAGGCCUCGUCGCGGCAGCAAGAAGUCUGGAAAGUCUCCGAGGCUGCUCAGCCGCCAAGCGAGACGCUUUGAGGAUCCCUUCAAGGAGCUGGCCUUCGUGGUGUUUGACAGCGCCGAUGUGGAUAGUGAUAAAAGGCUUAGGCGAGCAGAGUUCACCUCGGUUCUGAAGUCACCAUCAUUAGAACUUGAACUGUCUGCGGAAGACAUAAGAAAACUGGAGAAGGAUUGCAGUGGCGGACGGAAAGACAUUAAGGAUUUGCCUGUAUCAUUCGAUGAGUUUCUCCCUCUGGCAAAGUAUUUGCUGAUGCUGUUCUACAACAAGGAGGAUUCAAACUCAAGGAAUCCCUGGAGCAUUCUUGAUAGAGGGAAGGAUUCACCACCCUACUACUUCAACAAACACACAGGAACCGUUCGGUCAGACAGACCAGUUGACUAUGACAACCAACCGGAGCUUUUUCUCUUUGAGGAUGCCUUGAGGGAUGCCAUGGAAACGGCAGACAUGAAUAAAGAUGGCAGGAUCAAUCUCAAUGAUUUCAUCAGAAUCAUCAACUCAGAAGAUUUUGGGCUCAUUCUCACCAAAAGAGACAUCUCUGAAAUCAGUAAACAUUUUAAAAAUGAAGCAGGCAAGGUUUCCAACGUGUGUUACAGUGAGUUUCUUCCUCUAGCCAAACGACUGAUAGUGGCUGUCUUCUCGGCUAGAGACCCAAUGACGGACGAUUGGACUUUUUUGUGCACACGGCACGUAGGUGCUUUCUGGUUUAACAAGAGAACCGGGCAGAGUCUUAGGCAUCCACCAAAUCAUAUCGUCACCAUGCAGCAACACCAGCUCAAACACAGAAACGACGCCGCCAAAGUUCUCCUUAAGACGUCUGAAGAACUCAAAGUCACCAAAGAAAAACUUGAGAAGGAGUCGGCUCUGCGGACGGAUUUUGAAGAAAAGUACACCACCUUGAGUUCUGAGAAUGCUUUCACUUGCAGGGAGCUGCAGAAAGUCACAAGACUUUAUGAGAAGAGUAGAGCAGAGAGUGAAAAGAAGGGUAUAUUUCUUGAUGCCAAGGACAAGGAGAUUACUAAACUGAAGUACAAGAUUGAGCAGCUUGAAGAAAGAGUGGCUGAAGCAGAAAGAACAGAGGCCAAUCUGGAAUCCAUGAGAGACGUUCUCAGAAACUGCCAGGGUGCAGUACGAGAUCGUGAGCUGGAGAUUGUGGACCAUCAGACCAAAAUUGAGGAUUUGAACAAGCAGUUGAGCGAGUGUGAGUCACGGGUCGACAACGGCAAAGCGGCGAUUGCUGAUCUACAUCAACAGCUCAGAUAUGAAGGAAAACGCAAUGAGAGGAUGGAACUGGAAUUGAAGAAGUUGCCGCCACUUCAGAAGGAGUUGGACGAAAAGAAAGAAACCCUCCAAGUUUGCGAGAAACGUCUCGAGGAGAGGAACGCCGUCCUGAUUCUAACAAGACGAGUCAAUGGUGAAAACAAAACCAAGAUCAAGGGCCUCGAGGCGGAGCUCGCCAAACUCCACGCAACUGAAAAAGAACUUGACAUCGCCAAGUGCGAGAUUUACACCCUAAAGCAGUUGAUCGUAGGCAAAGAUAGUCUGGUGAUGCAGAAGUCCCAUGAGCUGGAUACUGUGAAGGAGAGACUGGAAACAGACCAUGGAGAGACGUGGGUGGAUUCGGAGAACAAGUCACAGGGGAUUGGUUGGAGGAAUGGUGGUCCGACCAAUGGCACAAACUUUAGAAUCGUGAGGCUUCAAAAAAGAAGACCUUCUAAGGGCAUUCAAGUUGGAGCACAGUCAAGACGGUCCAAGCUCACAUACAACAGUACUCAGCUAGAUGUUGGCACUCCUCCAUAUGACAGCAGUAGUAGCAGCGGUAGCCAAUCAGAUUGCAAACAGCCAAAGCUCGAGGACUAUCAACGACUCGAUACUCCGGAAAGCGAAGGCAGCCUGGUCACUUCCCUGAACACAUCAAACGGAAGCUUUCUACGACUCCUACACAAACAAGGCAGUGCCGAAGACGGCAUGCCUACAAUAUACGACUUGUACACCCCAGAAGGCUCUUACGCACCCACCUCACGGUCUGCCAACCCUACAUUGAAGAAUGGUACACACCUCAGACCCAAGUCGUCCAUGGCACGAUUGGAGACUGAGGGAGCUUCCAUUAUGCAGAAAGGGACAGUGAUGUUUGAGGAUGACUUUCUGGUGGCCCAGUGUCUCCGAGUGGGAGACAGAGUGCGUGUGAAGAAGAAAGGUGGGAGGAGAAAAGGGGCCAUCUUGACCGGAGUUGUAAAGUUUGUCGGCAAGGUGGACAAGGAAUUUCACCACAAUGAUCAUCGGCUGUAUACAGGCAUCAGACUAGAUGAGGCAGUCGGUGAUACUGAUGGCGUGAUUAAGGGUAAGCGUUAUUUCACCGCCAAUCCUCGUCAUGGGAAACUGUUACCUGUCACAGACGUUGUCUCCGUGCUAAACCCAAAGACUGCAACCUACAAGCGCAUCGCAGAAUGCAUCAGAACUCAACGACUGGAGACAGGAACCGUAAAAUAUGAGAAAGACCGCAAUCCUCACCUCAUCAGGGUCAUGUGACUGUCCAAUGGCCAGUCAGCUCCCUUACUUCAUAUCGCGUGACUAUCAUAAGAAAAGAGAUGAAGUGUUCAUAGUAUCGAGUAUAUACAAAUAUUACAGUAGUCAUGGAAUAUUUAUUUUGGUUUUUACCCAUAUA